AAACUCGGUUUAUAUACGAAGAACUUAUCACCAUUUCCUUAUUUCUCUAGCCUAAUAAGUUCACGUCAAAUGCAGUGAAAAAUCAAAUCAGAACAACAUGAUUCUAUGCCAGUUAAAAUCUCAGAUUCAGUACCAAAGAGAAUAAAAAAAAAAGCCAUUGAAUUACAUCAACUCAUCCUCUUGAGUCAUUCAAGACAUUAAUACUUGCCUAUAAGCCCAUUAAAGAAUACACAGCCCAUCGGCCCAUAACGAGAAUUUUGAAAAAUAUAAACAAAAUAUCUUUUCAAGAGCUUGUUACUGUGUCAGUCCCGCCAAGCAGAGACGGAGAGAAGAAUCUUGGGAAGAGAGAAACGCCGGCGAUCUGAUCGUCGCCUCCUCCUUCUCUCCGCCAGUUCGCUAAUCUCUUCUCUGUAUCCGGAGAGGACUGACAAUGGACAAAACGAAACGCAACAAGGAGAAGGGAGGUUCUUCGUCGAAUAACAAUGAUGCUGCUACUGCUUCUACAUCGGGACGGAGUGGCAGAGGAAGGCAGAGUCAAGCUACCAAUCCUUUGACGGUAGGACAAGCAAUAAUGAAGGCAAACUACCACUCUUGCUGCCGACAGUUUUACACCUUACCGGAGUUGAUUGAGUUCAUGACAACCAGGCACCGCGGCUUAACAGCGGAGAUGGUGACAAAGGUUUAUAGGGAGAUGUUGAAAAGCAUAAAUGCUGAAAUGUAUCUGAGAGCUGCACAGUAUCACUCUACAGCAAGGCAAAUUGAGCGCAAAAGGCGGGAAACAGCUGACUCUGUGAGCACUCUUCGUGCAAGUACGAGCACUACUGCUCCUGCUCAGAGCGAUGGCGAUAGUUCUUCUUCUUCUUAAGAGGUAUGUUUCGGAAAAUUACUUGGAAAAAAUAUUCAUCAAUAUGAAACUGA